UAACAGAAACACAGCGAGGUGGAGUAUUAAGGUGUGGGCCACUCCGAACAAAGGGAUCAAAACCGUUUCCCUCAUUCAGGAACUCGUCUCCAAGGGGUGAGAAGGGUCAGGAGGAGAGGGAGUUCAGGGUGAUUGUGCCGUAGAUACGAACAGUAGCAGCGGUUUGGCUGUCGGCAGGGAGGAUAGGGAGUUUAGGGUUCCGGCGCCGGCAACCAAGGGUUUCUGGGGAGGCCCAAUUGCAUCUUUUGCUGUAGCAACAUAACCACUGGAUGUAAGUUCUUAGUUGGAGAAGCUCUUCUGUCUUUGUUUAUGAGAGCAUGGAAGGAAGGAUCAUGAAUAACCCCACUCUCCCGCCCGAGCUGAUCAGAGAAAUUCUUCUGAGACUGCCAGUGAGAUCUGUUUUACGUUGUAAGUGUGUUUGUAAGUCAUGGCUUUCUCUGAUUUCUGAUCCCCAAUUCAGCAUUUCCCAUUAUGACCUAGCUGCCAAUCCCUCUCAUCGAAUUCUUCUCAGAGCAAAUUAUCUUUAUGCUGAAUCCAUUGAUGUAGACGCACCGUUUCACUCAGAUUCUUCUGCGGUGUAUUUGCUUUUGCCCCCACUAUCACCCCCACACAAUCCUUGCCAUUAUGAUGCCUUUCAAUUUGAUCCUGAUAUUUGGGGUUCAUGUAGAGGCUUUAUACUUUUAUACUACCGCAGAUGCAGAUGCGCUGAAAUCAUUUUAUGGAAUCCGUCAAUAGGCGUCCAUAAACGAUUGCCAAAUGUUAAACAUUAUUAUAUAACCAAUGGUUAUCUACGUGGUUUAGGGUAUGACCCAUCAACAAAUGACUAUUUGGUAGUUUGUAUUAGAUUGUUGCGUGAUGAAACCACAAUCCUGAUUUGCUCCACCAAAACUUAUUCGUGGAACAUAGCAUACGGUGAUGUUUUAUACCGUGUUCGAGAUAAUAAAUUCAGAGCUGGGUCACUCGUCAAUGGGGCUCUUCAUUGGUUGGUUUUUUCCAGGUAUAAAAAGGUUCCUGUCAUUCUUGCCUUUGAUCUGAUACAGAGGAGAUUAUCAGAGAUUCCCCUGAUAGAUCAUUUAACUUCGAAGAAAUAUGAAGUUUAUUGUUUAAGGGCAAUGGGGGAAUUUCUCAGUGUGUCUUGCUCAGUUGAAGGCUGUGCAGAGGAUGAAAUUUGGGUGAUGAAAGAAUAUAAAGUGCAGUCAUCUUGGACAAAGUACAUGGUUAUACCUACUUAUGAGACACAGUGCAAUCGCUUUUCUCCCAUAUGUUUCACCAAAGAUGGUAGAAUUUUGGGAUCAAAUAUCGGAGGAAGACUAGAGAAACUUAAUGACAAAGGAAAGGUGCUUGAGAUAUUCACAUAUGGUGGAUAUGAAAAAUUAUACUGUGUUAAUCUACAGUCUGCUAUGUAUAGAGAAAGUCUACUGUCGAUCCCUAAUGUCAUUAGAGAAACAUGUGAAGAUGAUCAACCGUAACAGACAAGAAAAAUCAGGCCACAAAAUAUACAAGAAUAUACAGUUACCUUGAUGUUUUUCCUUCAAAUUGUUAAACUGCCAGCAGAAAGCAUAGCGCUUGGAAGAGAAUGUCGUAUGUAUAUGAUAUUAAAUAAUCUUGUUAGUGCAGAACUAGUGUCUAUUUUAUUGGUGAUUUCAGAUGAGUUGUAGUAUCAACAGACUUUACAUUUUAA